UCCGGAUCACACAUCAUUAUCUGAAGAUUUCAUCUCAACCUUCUAGAUCUGCUGCCAAGAUGAGUUCCUUCUCUACCACCGGCCUCCUGGUCUUCUGUGCCUUGUUGGGCUCAGCCUUUCCCCUUAAAUGCAUCUCUUGUCUAUCCAAAACCUCCACCGAGUGUGAAGGAGAAUCUGAGAUCGAGUGCCCAGGAAACUGUAUGACCGGUUCCCAACACUUUCACAAUGGUGACGUGGAUGUCAAGUCAUUAUAUAAAGGAUGCGCCAAUGAAUCCCUGUGCGGCCUUUUUGGCUCCCUUACUCAGGAGAACGAUGUUACAAUCAGAGUUAAUGCCGUUUGCUGCUCCGGAGAUAAAUGCAACGAUGACGAAUUUUUCCUUCCCAAGGAAGAUACAGAACCAAAUGGUUUAUCAUGUCCAAACGCCUACUGCAAAGGCACCAAUGAGGAAUGUGAAAGCGACCAGGAGAUCGAGUGCAAAGGAUCCGAGACCCAAUGUGUAGAGUAUAGAGGAAGAGUGAAAAAUCCAGAUGACAGUGAGGACGACUACUCCGCCAAGGGAUGUAUUAACCCCGAUGGAUGCAAGUUUAAUUUUGGGAUUCUAAUCGCAGUGGAGGAGUUAGAGAGGAUUCUGCUGGACUGCUAAACAUCCUUAAUGUCA